GACCGGUGUAGUUUCAUGAGUUUCUUGUGUUCUUUAACUGAAACCAUAAUUAUCAUGCGGUCUGUUUUGAUCGUGGCGAUUUUACUGUCAAUAGCAGCUGCUUAUUAUAUUUAUCUGCCCCUGCCCAGCACAAUAUCAGAGCCAUGGAAACUCAUGUUUAUGGAUUCCGUUUUGCGUCGAGUAAUGCAUGUGAGCUUUUUAGCUCACGGUCUUGGACUGAGUCGACCUUUUGAUAUUGUAAAGUAUGCUGCAUCAUGGGAUGAAAUAAAGGGCCCACAGUCCAGCCCAGCAAUCAGGGUCACAGAAACAUCCUUUGGAGGAGUGCAGGCACAAGUGUUUGAGUCCACAGCAGCAGACCAAGAGCCACAUUUGAAAAGAGGUGUGGUCUAUUUCCAUGGAGGUGGAUGUACACUCGGCAGUGGAAAGAUGCAAACAUAUUACCUUCAGUGCUGGUCUAUGGCUGAAGAGUUGGAUGGAGUUGUAAUAUCAAUUGAGUACACGCUGGCCCCAGAGGCACAUUUCCCAGAUCAGUAUAACGAAGCCGUUCAGGCAUCAAAACACAUCCUGACAGCCGAGGUGUUGAGUCUGUACUCCUUUGACCCGAAAAGAGUGGCUGUGUCAGGUGACAGCGCUGGUGCCAAUCUAGCUGCUGCUGUGGCCCAACAGAUGGCUUUGGACAGUAGUGAUCCUAUUAAAUUUAAAGUUCAGGCCCUUCUCUACCCCGCACUUCAGGCCUUGGACUUCAACACUCCCUCGUAUCAGCAGAACGGCCACAUUCCCAUCCUGCACCGUCCGCUCAUGGCUCGCUUUUCUGUAGGGUUUCGAAGUUUUAGGAACUACACCCGCUGGCUGAAGGAGAACCUCUAGCAGAGCCAGGGUUUUUUUGUUUUGUUUUUUUGGUUUUGUUAAAUAUAUUUUGAUUUCAAAACAUUUACUAAUGGUUUUUAGACUUGAAAUGCUAUGCAACAUGUCAGUGCAAUAGAUUAUGAAUGGGGAGAAAAGCACAUUGAUCAGGCCCAAAGCUACUGAAACUAAUUAUUUUAUGCUGUUAAUUAAGUAAUACUGAUGAUUAUAAAAAUCUGCAGAGAGUGAAA